AUGGCCCCUCUCGUCUCCUCCCUGGCCCUGCGCACGCUCCGGACCCUGGUCCAGCGUCCCGCCGCCAUUAAAUCCACCUCCUGCUCCAUCACCACCCUCGCCGCCGCCGCUCCCCGACGACCUUUCCAGCCUGUUCUCCGCACGCCCACCGCAGUCGCUGCUGCUGCUGCUGCACGCAAGACCUCCAUCCCCUCUUCCUCCUCCUCCAUCCUCCGGCAAUUCUCCACCUCCCCGUUCCGCCAGGCUACCUACAACCAAGUGCGGCGCGGAUGCCGUGUUGCGCAGCGCGCACGUCGCUCCCGGUCUCCGGCGCUGAUCGGCCGGUCUCAGAUGAAGGGAGUGUGUUUGAAGACGGGUAUUACGAAGCCGAAGAAGCCUAACUCCGGUGAGCGGAAGACGGCGAGAGUGAGGUUGAGUAGUGGGAAGGUGGUUACGGCUUAUAUUCCUGGUGAAGGACACAAUAUCCAGCAGCACAGUGUCGUUAUGGUCCGUGGUGGUCGUGUGCCUGAUUGUCCUGGUGUGAAGUACCAUUUGGUUCGUGGUGCUAUGGAUUUGGGUGGUGUUGCUUCUCGGUUGAACAGUCGGUCCAAGUAUGGUACGAAGAAGCCUAAGAAGGACUAG